UUGCAAUAGAAGAGCUGUCAGUGUGAACAGGUGGAAGAGAAGUAGAAACUCUUGUCUCUUUGUUCCUGUCGCAGCAGCUGGCUCAAGCACAGGAGACAAGACAGGUAGCUGGUAGGAUUUAUCACCAAAGACCAAAAAUAUGCACGGCACCAUCCUAAAGGCAGAAGCAGUGGAUGGGGCUCAUCUGCUGCAGAUCUUUUGGCACGAUGGAGCAGAGUCCCUCUACCCAGCGGUAUGGCUGAGAGACAACUGUCAGUGUUCAGACUGCUACCUACAUUCUGCAAAAGCUCGGAAACUUCUCUUGGAAGCUCUUGAUGUGAACAUUAGAAUCGACGACUUGACAUUUGACCAAAAAAAGGUUUAUAUAACAUGGCCCAAUGACCAUUACAGUGAAUUCGAAGCUAAUUGGCUGAAGAAAAGAUGCUUUUCUCAACAGGCCAGAGCAAGACUCCAAGGAGAACUGUUUUUACCAGAAUGUCAGUACUGGGGCUCAGAGCUCCAGCUGCCUACCCUGAAUUUUGAAGAUGUGUUAAAUGAUGAUGACCAUGCAUACAAAUGGCUUUCCAGUCUCAAGAAUGUAGGCAUUGUGAGACUCACUGGAGCAGCUGACAAACGUGGCGAGAUCAUAAAACUUGGGAAAAGAAUUGGCUUCCUGUACCUUACAUUUUAUGGACACACUUGGCAAGUGCAGGACAAGAUUGACGCCAACAACGUGGCUUAUACAACUGGGAAGCUCAGCUUCCACACUGACUACCCCGCCCUCCACCAUCCACCUGGGGUUCAGCUGCUGCACUGUAUCAAGCAAACAGCCACAGGAGGUGACUCUGAAAUUGUAGAUGGUUUUAAUGUGUGCCAAAAGCUCAAGGAGAAUAACCCCCAGGCUUUUGAUAUUCUCUCCUCCACCUUUGUGGAUUUUACAGACAUCGGAGUGGAUUACUGCGAUUUUUCUGUGCAAUCUAAACACAAAAUUAUAGAGUUGGAUGAUAAAGGCCAAGUGGUUCGCAUCAACUUCAAUAAUGCAACCAGAGAUACAGUCUUCGAUGUCCCCAUUGAAAGAGUUCAGCCUUUCUACGCUGCUCUGAAAGAGUUCGUUGACCUCAUGAACAGCAAAGAAUGCAAGUACACCUUCAAGAUGAAUCCAGGUGAUGUGAUUACCUUCGACAACUGGCGCUUGCUUCAUGGACGUCGUAGCUAUGAGGCAGGAACUGAGAUAUCCCGCCAUCUGGAAGGAGCUUAUGCUGACUGGGAUGUAGUGAUGUCAAGACUUCGUAUUCUGAGACAGAAAGUCACCAAUGAGAACUGAAUCUCCUGGCCUUAAUCUUUAGUGCAAUUCCAAUGACUGAAUGUUGUUAUCUGUAGCCUGGUUAUUCUCAUAUCAUGAUCAACAUCAUUCACAUAAUAAUGUCUUUAAAACUGAACAUGCAGCUUCUUUCACCAGAGUAUUUUUCCUUGCAACCAUAUUGAAUAUCUCUUAUUAAAUGUCAUGGUAAGGGGCAGUCUCAAAGCAUCCCUUCUGUGCCAUGCACUCUCUGACUUCGCAUUAGUAUUACCAAAACCCCUACAAAUAGUUUUGUAUCUAACAAAUCUUUCUGGCAAAUAAAACUUUUUUAUACAUGAAUAAAGCUUGUGUUUCAAAUGAAAGAUCCUAACAUAUGUUCAUGCUUAGUUGCCUACAUGGUCUAAGUUUUCAUGACUGCAUAUCUUUAGCAUGCUUGGAAAAGUCUUCAUAUUUCUAAAGAUCUGUUUUGUUUUGUUUUAUAUUGCAAAAUUUUGUUGCCCAUCCUUGGAGACCUCAUUCACUUGAAAAUCCCAACAUUUGUUUGUCAUCCUUAAAUCAUGAAAGAAAACUUGAGUAUGCCAAAUUAAACGAAAAUCUAGUCUCUCUAUAUUUGUCUUGGCUAAAGAAGUGUUCCCACAGACUGCCAGCAUUGCUCUCACCUAAAGACACAGCACUUCUCUUCAUUCCGUGUCUUCAACUCAUAAGUUUGUAAAAGAUGCUAGCAACCUACCUGAAUGGUCAGGAUGUCUGCUUGCCUCUGGACAGCAUACCAGCUGGUCUCAUCUUUCUGCAUGGCCACUCCCCUAGUGAGCUCAGAUGUCAUAACUCAGCAUAAAGUUGUAGUCUGUUGAGCCUCCCAUCCCAAUAACAAAAGAAGCUUUGGAAUUCCAGUUUGCUGAGAUUCUGGUAGUACCUACAUAUUUCAUUUUAUAGAUAUUUGAAUCUGUGUAAACUUUUUCUAGAACUCUUUAAGUAACUUUAGUUAGCAUGCAAAGAAGGAGUUUCAUUGUGGUAACAUCAUCUUAAUACAUAGUUAUCCUUAUUUGCUUUCCUUAAUGUCGUGCCUCAUGUUUCAUCUUGAAGUUUAAGGUUCUUAGCACUACACUAAAUAAGAAUGGAAAGAGUGAUCACUUUCACCUCAUUUCUGAUUUUAGAGGGGAAUCUCUGUCUUUCUCUAUUAAGUAUGAUGUCAAUUAUAGGGUUGUAAUAUCUAGCCUUUAAUAUGUAGGGUUAUUUUUCUUCUCCUAAUUGCUUCCAACAUUUAAUCAUGAGAGAAUGCAUGGGCCUUUUCUAACUCUAUCAAGAUAAUCAUGUGAUUUCUUCCAUAACUUAUUCAUAACUUAUUUGUGUGCUGUAUUAACAUUUAUCAAAUUGUAUAUGCUGAAAGCAUCCUGGUAUCUCCACAAUAAAACCAACUUCAUCCUCA